CUUGCUCAUGCAACGGGGAUGGAUGUAUCCUGGAUUUCUGUGAAAGAAGGAUAAUGGAUGUUUUUUCUCUGGAUGAGGCAUUUGGAACUUCAGAGAACUAUUUGGUCUUGCUUGGAUUAUGUGGACAUAUUGAUUGGAUUUUUUUAUAUAUUGAUUUUUUUUUCCCCCCAUGAUAGAUAGAUAGAUGGAUAGAUAGAUAGAUAGAUAAAUGUGAGGGAAAUAUGUAUGUUAGAGAUUUUUUUUUUAUAUAUAUAUAUAUAUAUAUAAGAAACAAUAUGUAGAGAAGAAUCAUUAGUAAAUGGAGCUGCAAUAAGUGCUCUAUUCCCUUGUGUGGACUUACUGAGUGAGAUCUGACUAGCUCCACCCUCCCUUGCACUUCUCCUCCUCCUCUCUUUUCCUCGUCCUGUGAAAGGAGGGUUGAACGACAGCGGGAGUUUGUGCCAGAUUCUGUGAGCACGAUUCAGACCAGACAUUCACACUGCAGAGUUUCCACGGGACACAGCAGCUCCAGGAACCUUCUCUAACUCAAACUCACUCAAUCAGGUCAGUAGUACAAGUCAUCUAUGGAGACUCCAGGACAGAAACGAACCAGCCGUGGAGGGGCAAGCAGCAUCCAGUCCCCCAACCGCAUCACCCGACUGCAGGAGAAAGAGGAUCUGUGCAACCUGAAUGACCGUUUGGCAAUUUACAUCGAUAAGGUGCGCUCUCUAGAGGUGGAGAAUGCAGGUCUGCGUCUACGCAUCACUGAGUCGGAGACUGAAAUCAGCCGAGAGCUGGGCGGCAUGAAAGCGGCGUAUGAGGCUGAGCUGGCAGAUGCCAGGAAGACUCUGGACUCCGUGGCCAAAGAACGAGCUAGACUGCAGCUGGAGCUCAGCAAGGUACGAGAGGACUACAAGGAGCUAAAGGCAAGGAAUGGGAAGAAAGAGUCGGAUCUGGAAUCAGCUCUGGCCAGGCUGAAGGAUCUGGAAGCUCUGCUGAACUCCAAGGAUGCUUCACUCUCCACAGCACUGGGGGAGAAGAGAUCGCUGGACAUUGAAGUCAGAGACUUGAAAGCCCAACUGGCCAAGCUUGAAGGCAGUCUUAAAGAUGCUAAGAAGCAACUACAGGAUGAAAUGCUAAGACGUGUGGACGCUGAGAAUCGCAUCCAGACCCUGAAGGAGGAGCUGGAAUUCCAGAAGAACAUCUAUUCUGAGGAGCUCCGUGAGUCUAAACGCAGGCACGAGUCACGUAUGGUGGAGAUAGACAACCCCCGUCAUCUGGAUUUGGAGAGUAAACUGUCCGAGGCUUUGGCUGAACUCCGUGCCCAACACGAAGAGCAGCUUUGCAUCUACAAAGAGGAGAUUGAGAAGACAUACAACUCCAAGCUGGAGAAUGCUCGUCAGUCGGCUGACAGGAACAGUCACUUGGUUGGAGCCGCCCAUGAGGAACUACAGCAGACACGUUUGAGGAUAGAGGGUGUGACCUCUCAGCUCACUCAACUACAAAAACAGUUGGCUUCUCGAGAGGCCAAGAUCCGUGAGCUGGAGGAGGCUCUGUCCAGAGAGAGGGACAUCAUGCGUCGUCGUCUUGAUGAGAAGGAGAAAGAUAUGGCUGAAAUGAGACAGCGCAUGCAGCAGCAGCUGGAUGAGUACCAGGAGCUGCUGGACAUCAAGCUGGCACUAGACAUGGAGAUUAGUGCCUACCGGAAACUUCUGGAAGGCGAGGAGGAGAGGCUGCGCCUCUCUCCUAGUCCACCUCCUGUGCGUAGUGUGACAGUGACCCGUACCUCUGGUUCUGGUACUCAUGCUCACACACGUGUGGUCCAGAGCAGCUCCAGUCGCACCUCUUCCGGAGCCAAAAAGCGCCGUAUGAACGAUAAUGACAGUGAUGCCUCCAGUGUGGUUGGUGGAACCGUCACACGCACACGCGUUUCCCAGCAGGCCUCUGCCAGUGGCCGUGUGACCGUGGAUGAAGUGGACAUGGAGGGCAAAUAUGUCCGGCUCAAUAACAAGUCUGACAAGGAUCAAACUUUGGGACACUGGCAGGUGAAGAGGCAGAUUGGUUCCGGCACUCCCAUCAUCUACAAAUUCCCUCCGAAAUUUACCCUGAAGGCAGGGCAGACUAUCACAAUUUGGGCUGCAGGAGCUGGUGGAACCCACAACCCUCCAUCUGAUCUGGUAUGGAAGACUCAGAACUCAUGGGGUAGUGGAGAUAUUUUCCAAACCACCCUCGUCAGUGCCAGUGGGGAGGAAAUGGCCAUGAGGAAGGUCACACGUACUCUAUACCAGGAUGAUGAAGAUGAUGAUAUGGCCGCCCAUAGCACAUGCGGAGAUGGUGAGUACAACCUCCGCAGUCGCACGGUGGUCUGUGGCUCCUGUGGCCAGCCAUCAGACAAAAACAGCACCUGCGUGUCGGCCAGCUCAGGAGUGUCAAGUGCGUCUCGCUCAUUCUGCAGUGGAGGAGGGCUGCCUGAAGCGUUUGUGUCUCCCUCACACUUCAUAAUGGGCAACGACAAGCGCAGACUGAUUGGACCCAAAUCAGAGAACUGCUCUAUUAUGUAAACCAGCUGUUUACAGCCCUGACGUCUAUCCUAUCACAUGAACCAGGAAGAAUUUGUCCCUUUACUAGUUAUUUUUCUUCUUAUUGCAUUAUAUAUUUUGUAUUUCUUAUUUUAUAUUUCAUAAUCUGUGGGGUAGAUUUUUGGCUUUUGUAUGGCUAAAGGCUUCAUGGCAGCUUGUAUGCUUUAGUUUGAGAAUUGUAUGUACCAUGCUAAUUUAAUAGAUAUGCAUGUUGGCCUGACAGCAGCUGCAGAAUAACCGUACUGUACUCAGGGAGAGAGGUGAACAGAGCAUCUCACACUCAUACCAUAAGCUCUCCAUGGCAAUGCUGUCAGAAUGCAACACGCACAGUCAAGAAACCCUCUUCAUUACACUACGGUCAUUUAUUGUACUGUACAGCCAUACCACAGGCUGAUUAUAUAGCUUACAAGAAUAAGAAAACAUACUUCAGUUAAUGUAAUGCAGAAAUUAGGUUCCACUUUAUACAGUAUCUGCUGUCCCAAACUUCUGUUAAAUCAUGCAGUGAGUACAGGUUUACACCUAAUUAAGUUUUAUGGUAUUUUCCUGCUACCUCUUGCAGUCAUGUGUUCUAGAUUAUGUGUACCUACUAAAGGGAAGCAUACAUUAUAUCAUCAAAAGAACAAGCACUGUUAUCAAUUAUGUACACCAAUAGAAAGGACUUAUACAUUUACAGUAGAGCUGAAUGUCAGAAUCAUGUAAUUCUAUGCAGUUCUGUUACAGUGAGACUACAGAUGCUCUGGAAGGAAAACUAUUUUGUAGAGUUGCACACAUGAAGUGGUACUAUGUGUCUUGCAGGCCCUGACAAGACUUUAGUAUAAUCAUGUCUUAUGCAGUAAAAGUUAAGAGAGGUUUUUGUCAGACUUGCAGCUACUAUAAAACUUCUAAUCCAAAGAAAAUCUUAGCAAUUGUUUGUAAUUGCCAAGUUGACAACAUUUAAACAAAACCUGAUUGAUUGUUUUAGUUGUUAAUCUUGUGAAGUUUACAUAUAGAGAAAACAUAUUUCUGAUGUAUUAUGUUACCAGAGUAUCAUGUUGUGUUUAAUGUACUGAGUACUAAAGAAUAAUUGCAAAUUAUGCAGGUUUGAGAUUAAGUUUUGUGUUUGGCCCUAGAGGCAGAAUAUUUGAAAAUGCUAACUAAAUGAGCACCGUCAUUGCCUGGUUUAACUGCCUUUUUUUUUUUUCCUCCUUCUUUUCUUUUUUACAUUUGCACUUGAAAUGUUUGAGUUUAGUUGAAACCUAAUUUACAUUUACACUAAAGCCUCUGUAUUUGUGAUUUCUCUAUGGACUGAGUGUUGAUUUGCUCUAGUCUCUCCUCUCUUUCAGUUUUUGUUCAAGUUCCUCUUCUGGACAGCUUUUAGGCUUUAGUUAUCUGAAUAAUCUUCUAUUACCAUCAUUACAGGUAAAACAUAUUGUCUGCUUUUGAAAGGUCCUGUCCUUUUAGGGCAGAAGGAGAGGUUCUAAAUUGAGAAUCAAAUUGCUUACAACGGAAAGGAAGGCAGAUUUGGUUUCAGAGAGCUGGGACAGGAAUAUCAUGCAUAGUUUUUAAAGUCUCCUUUCAUUAUUGAAAUACAAUUUACAGCAUAAAAACUGAUCCUAAAUACAGCUCACAAGAAAGAGGACUGGAUGUUGCUGGCAAAUUAAAAAAUUGUAUUGUAUUGCUUUGCAAAGCUUUAGGUUGCUUCACGAGAAUUUUGAAUAUUAUAUCUAUUUUUUUCUACUUAUACUUAAGAAUUGUGGUUGUCUGUAUCUCUACUUAAAUACCCAUUGUCGUUAUUGUAAUAAGCCAUAUUUUUUUUUCUUUUUCUUUUUUUAAACCAAUACCCGAUUUCACUUUGUAGUGAUAGGUGGAAUCAUUCAAUUUGACUGUUGUAUACCAAUGUUUCUGAAAAGAUAAUUUUCUGUUAGAUUACAUUUUCAUUGUGAAACAAAAAGGUUUAAACAAUAAGAUCAUGUCAGAAAAUGAGAAAUCUUUUUUAUUAUAUAUAUAUAUAUAUAUAAAGAUAUUUUGUUAGAUGGCUAAUUUCAUGAAGGUUUUGUAAAAAAAAAAAAAAGAAAAAAAAAUCUAACAGACUGCAGGGCUUUAAUUUUUGUUUCUUUGCUUCCUCAGAUUUUGUAAUGCUUGUUUGACAUUAUCAUUUACUGUUUUGUGAGGAAUUUCAUAAUUGAUGUAAAACCUGAGCGCCUUGUUAUAAACUGUGCCUUGAACUUAUUCAGUUAAAACAAAUAAAGCCUUUUCAAAUGCUUUCUAGCUUAAUAUAAAGAA